ACGGGAAGAUAAAUGUUUGUAGUUCGUCCAAGCGGUUGCCAGUCCGCUGCAGGAUCGCGGCUUAGAAUGUUAGCAAAUAAAUAGAACUGCCCAGCUCGUUAAGAAUUUAGAUGCGCUCUAACUUGUGAGCAACUAGGAACUCUGAUACUGAAUGAUAAUGCUGCUUCUAACGCUUUCAUUUAUACUGUUCCAAAUCUUAGCAGUACUUUGUACUGCGGAUAUUGAAAUUACCAGAACAUGUGAACCGAUUCGAACUGAUCUUUGCAAAGAUACUGGAUAUAAUGUCACUGGAAUGCCGAACUUUGCAGGACACGAAUUGCAACAAGACGCUCAAUCACAGCUUGAGACGUUUACACCUUUGAUCCAGUAUGGAUGUUCGUCGAGACUUAGAUUUUUCCUGUGUUCGGUAUAUGUUCCAAUGUGUACCGAGAAAGUAGCGCAACCCAUCGGACCAUGUAGACCCCUAUGUGAAUCUGUGCAAGAACUCUGUGAACCAGUGCUUCUUGAAUUUGGAUUUCAGUGGCCUCCAGUUCUUAAUUGUAGUCAGUUUCCUCCAACAAACAACGAGAAGCAUAUGUGUAUGGAAGGUCCUGAGCAUGAGGAACGGAAACAUAUUCCUUUUCGUGAUAGAAAUCCCAUACGACCAGGGAUUCAAAAAGGAACUGGGAACUCUGUUAGCCAUCCCAGAUCUCAACACAAUGUAGCCUCUAUCCGCAGCUUAAGUCGCAAUAUGUGUAAACACUUACGUUCUUCUGACAGAUAUUAUUACAUCAACAGCACACGACGUUGUGCGCCUGCUUGUCACGCCGAUAUUCUUUAUUCGAAAGAAAAUAAGGAAUUUGCAAAAAUCUGGGUCGCUAUUUGGUCCUGCAUGUGCUUCAUAUCUACUUUGUUCACGAUAGUUAAAUUUUUCACAGACAGUGCUCAAUUUAGGUAUCCAGAAAGAAUAAUCGUCAUUCUUAGUUGGUGCUAUUUCAUCUAUAGUAUUGCUUUCUUCAUCCGUCUUAUCGGUGGAAGGGAUGAUAUGGCAUGUCACCAUGAUACGUAUUAUGGUGAGCCUCUUCUCAUACUAGGCGGUCUUGACAACAUAAACUGCACAGUUGUUUUCACCUUGUUGUAUUUCUUUGGAAUGGCAAGCUCCAUAUGGUGGGUUAUCCUCACUCUUUGUUGGUUUUUGACUGCUGGACUUAGAUGGAGUACAGAAAUACUGGAACGCUUCGGUACAUACUUCCAUCUUUUGGCAUGGAUUUUACCAGCGAUAAAAACAAUCUCCAUAUUAGUAUUGCGUGAUGUUGAUGCAGAUGAACUUACUGGUACCUGUUACGUUGGUAACCACAAUCGUCAAGCUAUGCUGCGAUUUGUGAUAGUGCCAUCCUUCACUUAUUUGGCUGUAGGGAUUAUAUUCCUAACAGCUUGUGGUUCUGCUAUUUUCAAGAACAAAAAUCUACGAACUAAAAUCAGAACCAUAGAAGAAAAAUGGGAAGUUCUUAUGGUUCGCGUAGGUAUAUUUGCGAUUUUAUACACUGUUCCUACAACCUGUGUGCUUAUUGUUAACUUUUACGAAUUUACCACUAAAGAUCAAUGGGAAUCAGCUACUUCAAUUUAUAGACCUAACGUUGAAAUUUUCACCCUCAAGAUAUUCAUGUCCCUAGUUGUAGGCAUAACAACAGGAGUGUGGUUGUACACAUCAAAAACUAAGCAGGAAAAUUUGCAAAGCAAAUUUUGUUCCCAGCACCAAGAAGUUUCAAUCUACAAAUCGCCAAAUCAUGUACUUCUAUUAAAUGGUUUGCAACACAAAAUGACAAUUGUUUAGAUAAUAGUCACAGUUGUGAAUGUGUUCGGGUAAAUUCCCGGUGCUUUUCGUGCUAUACUAACAAGAUAGUAAGACAUUAACAGAAGCGUGAUGUACCUUUUUCCUAAAAACCUUUGAAAUGAAAGUUUUGUCUGCAACUAGUGUCCAUUAAAACUGUGACUUUCAUGUCAUCUGUUCUCAAGCAUAUUUAUAUUCCAUGCAGAGUUAACUGUUUUUCAGAACUUUAUCAUAAAACAAUUUCAUCUGAAUGAAUGAACUUUUGAAUUGAAUGAACUGUUUUUUCAUGAAGUGUAAAUAUAUUUCUUGUUGAAGUCAUAUUUGUUUAUAGUAUGUAAUAUAGCUUUAUUUUUUA